AUGAGCCGGUCCAGGCAUGUGGGCAAGAUCCGGAAACGCCUGGAAGAGGUCAAGAGCCAGUGGGUCCGGCCCACCAGGGCCGAUUUCAGCGACAAUGAGAGUGCCCGGCUGGCCACAGACGCCCUCUUGGAUGGGGGUCCUGAGGCCUACUGGCAGGCACUCAGCCAGGAAGGUGAGGUAGACUUCUUGUCCUCGGUGGAGGCCCAGUACAUCCAGGCCCAGGCCAAGGAGCCCGCUUGUGCCCUGGAGCCCCCAGGAGGGGCAGAGGCAGGCCCCCGGGGACUGGACUCCCGCUCCCUGCACUCAGGCACCUACUUCCCCGUGGCCUCCGAGGGCAGUGAGCCCACCCUGUUGCACACCUGGGCCUCAGCCGAGAAGCCCUACCUGAAGGAAAAGUCCAGCGCCACUGUGUACUUCCAGACGGACAAGCACAACAACAUCAGAGACCUCAUUCGCCGCUGCAUCAGCCGGACCAGCCAGGUCCUGGCCAUCGUGAUGGAUAUGUUCACGGAUGUGGAGAUCUUCUGUGACAUUCUAGAGGCGGCCAACAAGCGUGGGGUGUUUGUCUGUGUGCUCCUGGACCAGGGAGGUGUGAAGCUCUUCCAAGAGAUGUGUGACAAAGUCCAGAUCUCUGACAGCCACCUCAAGAACAUUUCCAUCCGGAGUGUGGAAGGAGAGGUGUACUGUGCCAAAUCAGGCCGGAAGUUCGCUGGCCAAAUCCAGGAGAAGUUCAUCAUUUCGGACUGGAGAUACGUCCUGUCGGGAUCAUACAGCUUCACCUGGCUCUGCGGACACGUCCACCGGAACAUCCUCUCCAAGUUCACGGGCACCGCGGUGGAGCUGUUUGACGAGGAGUUCCGCCACCUCUACGCCUCCUCCAAGCCGGUGAUGGGCCCCAAGUCCCCCAGGCCUGUGGCGCCCCUGCAGCCCAGAGCAGGCCGCAGCCCCCCGCCUGGUCGCCUCAGUGGUAGCAGCUGCUCGGCCAGUGACCACACGUCCUCCGACCCCUUCAGCAGCCCCUCGACAGGCAGCAACCCCCAGAACCAGAGUCGGUCGGCGUCAUCGGGGCCCAGCAGUCCCCUGGCCCCCAACCCCCCUCCGCCCCCCAGGCUUCGGGCCCACCAUGGCCCAUGGGGGGCCCUGAGCCCACAGGCCCACUUCCCCCCGAGGCCCCUCGCCAGCGCCCCAGCUCCCUGCAGCAACCUCAGUGCCUACAGGCCCACGCGGCAGCAGCUAGAGCAGCUUGGCUUGCUGCCCCGGACGGCCCACAUCUGGAGGCCAUUUCUCCAAGCCUCCCCUCAUUUCUGAUGGGUCGCUUCCCCCCAGCAGCCCUCCCAGGGCCGGGGCGGGGCAUGCCUGGAGUGUCUGGCCCAAGGACUCCACCUCAAUGACUGGCAGCUUUUGAACUUGCUUCCCGUUGAACUAAAAGUGCUUGGACAGCAUCGUUGCCUGUGUUUGUUCCCAGGCCUGUGACCGUUCACUUGCCAACACCCCCCGGUCCCAGGGGUUCCCUCCCUAGUUUGGCCUAUGGAGCACAUUCCAGAAAGUUCCAGGGAGGUGGGGGGUGGGGAGCUAGCCAGGUUUCACAUAUGGGUAAACCGAGGCACUAAGAGCUAGAUUGUGGGUGUGACCAAGGUACUCCUGUUUCCCAGUGCCUGGGAAUGGCCCACUCUAUAGAAGGUAUGGGAACAUUUCGGGAUGUUUCUGGAAAAGGUGGUAAAGGCAUAAUAGUGAGGUAUCCCUGGGGCCGGUGAAUCAGGGAUGAGGCCCCAGAAUGUGCCACUCUAAGUAGUGUGGGGUCGGUUGAAACUGUAGCCCCCAAGGAUGGGGCAAGGCACCCGGGUGUCUCCGGGAUGGAAUUGGACCAGGCGGUUCAUCAGCUCAGGUUCUGGCUUCGGGGAGCCUUGGGCUGGUCUCGAGGUCCCUGAGUCUGGGCCAGUCCCGGGGGCUUGUGUUGUCAGGAUCUGGGAACGGCCCGGCAGCAGUGCCCAGGGCAGCCCGAAGCAACCAGGAAGCGUUCGGCAUUGACCUGGCAGCCCCCUUGCAGUCAGAGUCAGAGCCAGGGGACUCCAUCGGACUUGUUGACCUCUGAAGCAAGGAUGCCGGGCCCUCACAAGCCCCAUCAUGCAUUCACUGUCAGAUUCACAGUGCGCCCUCUGUUCCGGAGAUUGUCCCAGAUCUUGGGGUACAAGGAAUACAGCAAGCACAGGGAGGGCCAGGCAGCCCAGUUUGGGGAGGUCAGGGGACGCUUCCCAGAGAAGGGACAGUUAAGGAGGCCUGAUGAACAAGGGCAUUAAAGGGGGACGGAGGGUUGGGGCCCAGGCUGUUCCAGCCUGACAGAAGUAGGCACAGAAGCCCCUGCCACCAAGUCACCUCAGCAAAUGUCUUCUCGUCGCUCGUCUCUGGCUCAGCAGCUUUGCCUUUGCCAUGGAGGGCUGGGAGGACC